ACCGACCACCGUGCAAUAACAAAUAAAAUAAUAACCCUUUCUACCUUUCCUAACUGUGAUUUUACUAAAAUAUAAUAGUUUCCUAAGAUGUUUGUAACUUAAGCAAAUUGCCUUCAACUAUAAAACGCUUUCCAAGGAGAACUUAUUCGAGAUCUCGCGGUCGUAAAGUGACUGAAUAUACAACUAUUUUAUAACUGGAUUUAUAAAACGAAGAAAUGAACGCAACUAUAAACCACACUGUAUUGAACGAGACGAAUCUAAACGAGACUCGAGAGAUACAUAAACACCAGAUUCACAGCUACGAGAAUAUCAUUGAUAACGAAUGGAUCCAGGCUGCGUUUUGCAUCAUUUAUACCAUUAUAUUCGUCCUGGGUCUCGUUGGCAAUAUCGUCGUUUGCUUCGUUGUUAUCAGAAAUAAAGCUAUGCAGACAGUUACUAACUUAUUCAUAACAAACCUAGCGCUAUCCGAUAUUUUGCUCUGUAUAUUUGCAGUGCCUUUCACCCCACUCUACUCCUUCCGUGGUUCCUGGAGUUGGGGUUCUAUUCUAUGUCACAUGAUGCCUUCAGCUCAAGGUUGUAGCGUUUACAUAUCCACUUUAACUCUUAUGUCUAUAGCUAUUGAUAGGUUUUUUGUGAUCAUAUACCCUUUUAGACCGCGCAUGAAAGUUGAGACUUGCAUAUCUGUGGUUAUUAUGAUAUGGACAUUCUCAAUAACUGUUACUAUGCCGUACGCUAUCUACAUGUCGUAUUACGAUUUAGAUAUUGGCAGGUUUUGUGAAGAGACGUGGCCUUCGGAGAAACUGAGGCGUAUAUUUGGCUCAGUGACAUCUGUACUUCAAUUCGUAUUGCCAUUCACAGUGAUUGCUUUCUGUUACACGUGUGUCAGUUUCAAAUUGAACGAUCGUGCUAAAGCAAAAGCUGCGAGCAAAAACUCAAGGAAGGAAGAGUAUGAUAAAAAUCGAAAGCGGCGCACAAAUCAAAUGUUGAUAGCUAUGGUGACGAUAUUCGGUCUUUCAUGGUUGCCUUUGAAUAUUACUAACCUUUAUAACGAUUAUUAUAUAUACGCAAUUCACUCGAAGUAUUAUUUUUUGAUAUUUUUCAUAUGCCACGUAAUAGCUAUGUCGUCGACCUGUUACAAUCCGUUUAUAUACGCAUGGAUGAACGAGAACUUUCGCAAGGAGUUUAAACAGCUGAUACCUUGCAUUGAUACCUCUGGACAAUUGAGGGGAAAUAUACCGUUGCAGCAAUUAGACGGGUGUCAAUCUGAGAAGACGUUUAAUGGGAACACGGCGACUGACAGUUUUAUAGGAUCGAGCUCACAAAGAGGCACCUCGUUUCGACACAAAAGAAAACCGAGUGCGGCGGCAGACGUGGAAAAAAGCGGGGUUGAGUUGAACGAGGAGCUAUUAACAGUUGACGUGAAACAUUGCCACAUAUCGACGAGCUACAACUUGCGGAGGGAAUCGGUUAAGCUGAGACUUAUCAAUGAGGAGUCGUUCGAUGGGGCAUAUCAGAGUCAAUUCUAACGUUUAUUAAACCGGGUGCGCCAUUGGAGACGUUCCCAGGUGUAAAACAAUGAAUGAAUGAAUGAUUUUCAAUUUAUUCACAUUAUUACACUUACAUAAAUUCAAUCAGUUUAUGUAAAGAAGAAUAACUAAGAGUUUUAUUUCCUAUUGUAUUUAGUAUAACGACAUUAUUACAAUAGCCCUGACUGUAUGUUAAUACUGUAAUUUUGUGAAUGAUAUAAUAGACCGAUCGCGCUUAGUUUUGAGGUUUCAAAAAUAUUGAAGUCGUUUGUGUUUUGCUUAUAGUUUCCGGACAGUUUGACUUACCUUAGUAGUUUUGUUUAUAGUA